GUCAUUUUAAAAAAACAAUACUACAUUGGAAGAAAAUCAGAUCACCAAAUACAGAGACUCCAUAUGAAAUUACUACAUCUUUUCCAGAAGUCCAGCAAACUUCUCAUCAAAUAGUUGGAACAGAAGAAAGAACUGUUGCAGUAUAUGUUCCUAUUUAUUCAAAAAAUGUAGUUCUGAACUGUUUGACUGAGAAGUUACUAAUGCAGAAAAUUACAGAUCCUCAGUACCAGUGGACUGGACCCCGAGGAAGCAUAACCAAAGAGAGACUGCCUGUUCUGAAAUCACACCGAUUUCUUUUAACUAACGUUGGAAACUUGGAUAUUUAUAAUAUUGAGGCCAGUGAUUCGGGACAUUAUACUUGCAAAGUGAAGUAUAUAUACCAUGGUAAACAACUGACUUCAGAAAUCCAUUUUAUGGUCUAUGUGUAUCACAUGCCAUGGAAAAGUAUACAUCUGUCAUCUGAAUUCACAGUUGGAACCUGUGAAACCAGCACAGUUGCUUCAUUUGAAAAGUAUCUCUUCCAGAAACUGGAGAGUUUAAUUUCCAAUCUGGAUCGUGAGCUGAAGCAGUGGACUACACAGUGUCAUACUGCAACAGAUACAUUGGAAAAGAUAACACAUAAGCUUACCCUUCACUUUGUAGUGUAUCCUUUAGUGCUAACUAUAGCAGAUAUCUGCAGAAGUUCUCAAUGUGAAAAUUCUACAAACAAGAUGAAAGAGGCAUAUACCAAAAUCAGGCAAUUCUUUGAAGUCCAAAAAACUGACUCUUCUCACCGUGAUGAUUUAAGUUAUGUUCCUGGCACUCUGACUGGGGUUAAAGUAGACCAUUGCAAACCAGGUUUUGGGAAAAAUAUAAAUGACUUAAACAAUAACACCACAUGUCCAGGAUGUUGUGUAACAUGUCCACCAGGUCAAUUCAGUGCAAAAUCUAAUACUAUCUGCACCUUGUGUCCUGCUGGAUCCUAUAAUGGAAAGUAUGGCCAGGUGGAAUGUGAAAAUUGCCCCAAAGCACAAAGCAGUGAUAGACGAGGUGCAGAGACAGAAACCGAGUGCCACAGUAAGUUUAUUGAUUUAUUUACAUUUUUAAACCCAUGUUUCUCCUUAAAAAGAAUUACUGAUCCAUUUUCACUUUUGUUAUAAGGAUGACUAGUUCACUAUUUUUUCUUAACUAAUAGUGUUUCAUACACAAAGUUAAAAUAUGUUUUGUUUCAAACUUACAAAUACCACCGCUGCA